UUCAUUCCCUCUCGAUUUCUCCACCGCCGCCGCCGUCAGUCGCUAUGAAGAACCCGAUAUCGGCCGCAGUGAAACGAGCGAGCUUCCCAUCCCCGAUGGCGAACCUCCUCGCGCACCUCUUCUUCUUCAUCUCCGGCCUCACAUUCGGCAUCAUCAUCUGCUUCCACUUCAAAAGCUUCUCCUUCAAUCUCCAAGUCACCAAUGGCCAAUUCUCCAUCACCACCGCGCAGCCGUCGUCGUCGCCCCCUCCGCCGCCGCCACCGCCAAGCUUGAUGCACGGAAUGCGGGACGAGGAGCUGCUGUGGAAGGCCUCGAUGGCGCCCAAAAUCCAAGAGUUUCCGUUCAAGCGCGUGCCGAAGAUCGCCUUCAUGUUCUUGACAAAAGGGCCGGUCGUGCUGGCGCCGCUGUGGGACCGGUUCUUCAAGGGAAGCCAAGGGCUUUACUCGAUUUACGUCCACUCUGAUCCAUCGUUUAAUGGAUCGGAGCCGGAGGGCUCCGUGUUUUAUGGCCGGAGAAUUGCCAGUAAGGAGGUACAAUGGGGGAAUGUAAACAUGGUCGAAGCAGAGAGAAGAUUACUAGCAAAUGCACUUCUUGAUUUCUCAAAUCAAUACUUUGUCCUCCUCUCAGAGUCUUGCAUUCCUCUCUACAACUUCUCCACUAUAUAUUCCCAUCUAAUGGAGUCUUCCCACAACUUCGUCGAGUCUUAUGAUCUGCCGGGGCCUGUGGGCCGCGGCAGAUACAGCCAAGAGAUGGGCCCCAGCAUCACCCUAGACAUGUGGCGGAAGGGGUCCCAGUGGUUCCAGAUCGACCGAAAUUUGGCCAUGGAAAUCAUUUCAGACAAGACGUAUUUUCCAGUUUUCCAAAAUUACUGCAGCGGCUCGUGCUACGCGGACGAGCACUACCUACCAACGUUCGUGAGCAUGAAAUUCGGAGAGAGGAACGCGAACCGGACGUUGACUUGGGUUGACUGGUCGAGGGGCGGACCCCACCCCUCGAAGUUUAUUAGGACGGAUAUCACGAAAGAGUUCUUGGAAAAGAUGAGGAGUGGGAGCAGCUGCGAGUAUAAUGGAGCAAAGACGAAUGUUUGCUAUUUGUUUGCAAGAAAAUUCACUCUAAAUGCUUUGGAUAGAUUAUUGAGGUUUGCACCAAGUGUUAUGCAUUUUGACAACUAGAUAUGUGCAUACAUAUUUAUAUAUAGAUUCUUUGCUAGGAUGUCAUUCUUUGAUGUAUAUUCUUUAAUUAUAUCAUACCCAUUUUUCGAAAUCAA